AAGAUACUUCUAGAAUUGCAUAAAACCUUAAAACCUCGAUAGACUGUCUUUUGUUUGUGUCAAAGCUCCGUCAUAAACCCUAAGGUUUUAGAGAAUUGAUCAUGGCUGCAAGGAUUCUGCAAUUAAGGAGCAGAAUAGCAGGCGUUGUACAGUCACAAUUUUGGUCGCUAUUGCAAGAAAGCAACAGGACAUACGCAUGGAGAGGGAUGGUCACUUCAUCCACUUCAAGGCAGCAACACGCUGAAGCAAUAUUGCCGGCUUCCGGUGCAGAUCCUCGUGUUCCUGCCACUGUUCUCACCGGCUUCCUAGGUUCGGGCAAGACAACUCUUCUCAACCAUAUUUUGACAACUCAACAUGGAAAGCGAAUUGCUGUCAUAGAAAACGAGUUUGGUGAAGUAGACAUAGAUGGAUCAUUAGUAGCUACUCAAACGACAGGUGCCGAGGACAUUCUUAUGCUCAAUAAUGGGUGCCUUUGUUGUACAGUACGAGGUGAUCUCGUUCGAAUGCUCGCAGAGCUUGUGCGUACAAAAAGAGACAAGUUUGAUCAUAUAGUGAUAGAGACAACAGGUCUUGCAAAUCCAGCUCCUGUAAUCCAAACAUUUUAUAUGGAUCACAAGGUUGCACAUCAUGUGAGGCUUGACGGAGUAGUUACUCUAGUUGAUUCAAAGCAUGCCAUGACACAUUUGGAGGAGGUUAAGCCUGAGGGGCAGGUGAAUGAGGCUGUUGAACAAGUUGCAUAUGCUGAUCGCCUUAUACUGAACAAGAUUGACUUAGUUGGGGAAGAAGAAUUGACAACGUUGACACAAAAAAUCAGGAAAAUUAAUGCAAUGGCGCAAAUAAAACGCACACAGUAUGGAAAUGUUGACAUCGAUUAUGUUCUUGGCAUUGGAGGUUUUGAUUUGGAUAGGAUUGAAUCUGAAGUUCAAAUUGAAGGUUUAAAAGAUCAUGAUGAUCACCACCAUGAUCAUAAGCAUGAUCAUGAAAACAAGCAUGCACACAAGCACAGUCACCUACAUGAUAGUGGCGUUUCUUCUGUAAGCAUUGUUUGUGAUGGAACUCUAGAUCUUGACGAGAUCAAUGAAUGGAUGGGAAAAUUAGUGAAUGAACGUAGUGAGGAUCUAUACCGAAUGAAGGGAGUUCUGUCUGUUGAUGGAUUUGAUGAAAGAUAUGUUUUCCAGGGAGUACAUUCUAUUGUGGAUGGAUCCGUUGGCAAACCCUGGGGUACGGAAAAAAGAACCAACAAAAUUGUAUUUAUAGGGAAAAACUUGGAUGAGAAAACCUUGAGGAAAGGUUUUAUGUCAUGCUUAUUGUGAAUUUGAAAAAUUUAUCUUAUGUUUAUCCUCUUCUUUAGUAAAUGAAUUUGAAAUUUGGCAGUAAUGACAAGUAUGUAUAUAUUUGCUAGCAA